UAACCCAAGAUGUGCGAUAUUAUAUUCGUAAAUUGUCAGCUUUAAACUUUCAAGAACUAGUUAAUGAAUUAGAAACCGUAGUUAGUAAUUUACCGAUUAAAGAAAAGAAAUCAGAAGAUGAAACUGUUGAUUUAACCUCAUCAUCAGCAUGA